GGAAACUAUUUAGUGUAUUCUGACCUGUAUUCAGUGUCGACUGUUUGAUUGGUCAGUCAGCUACGACGUAUUCAUCUUCGACGACAAGCCCUUUCGCACAAUUUUGUACCGCGUCUGCAGUGGAUUUCUAGUCUCUGCAAAUUGCAGUUGUUUUAGUGGAAAUAAAGGUAUUUAAUUGUAAGUCAUGUCUAGUGAUCAUCCAACAAACCCUGCCUUGUUAAAGGACAUUCAAAGUGGGGCCCCUCUGAAAAAAGCGGAAACCCAAGAAAAGAACCCACUCCCCAGUAUUGGUGACAUAUCUCAAGAGAAGACAGUUCAGGCCAUUGAGACCUUUGAUGCUUCCCAGUUAAAACAUGUGGAACCACAAGAAAAGACUGGAUGGAAGGAAUCUAUCAGCCAUGACAAGGCCACACAAGAGCUAGAGAAGUUUGACAAGAGUCAGCUCAAACCCACAGCCACUGAGGAGAAAAAUCCCCUACCAGAUAAAGAUGCAAUCUGCCUUGAGAAACAGGAAGCCGAGUUCCGAGAGUCCAUCGGCAGGCAUGACCGCAGCAGCAUGAAGAAGGUUGAGACACAAGAGAAGGACGCACUGAAAGAAAUUGUAGCUCAGGAGGCCACCCUGAAGGGAGUUGAAAAGUUCAGUCGUAACAGUCUGCAUAAAGUGGAAACCUGCGAGAAAAACCCCUUGCCAACAGCUGAUGAACUGCAUCAGAAGGAUUAAGAUAUUAAGCUGGAGAAAAAAGCUGAGCCCUAGAAACUUCACACUGUCACAGGUUACAUUGCACCUUGCUGUCAAAGGGGGAGAACCUGGAGGGAAAAUUUACUAACUCUUACUACAAUUCCUUCCCUUGGAUAUUUUGGACUUCCUUUUAAGCAUUAACUGUUCAGUAUUCUGUCUGUUAAAAUUUAGACAUAUCAAAAACUGUCAAUGCCUUAAAUCAUUUGAUUUUUUUUUAAUUGUUUGAAUUUUUGUUGUUGUUUAGAAAUAUCCGAUUUUAUUACUUAAAAUAUAUUCUAGAUUAAAAAAAUAAUUAAUUGCGUAUUGUCAAUUGUUUCCAUCAUUGCUUGUAGUAAAUUUGCUUGUUGGCUUGCUAUGUAGAUUUUUUUAGCCCAAAGUUUGUUUAGUUAAUGCAGGCAAAUUGGUGUCAAAGAAAAAAGAAGUAAAUGUUUGGAAGAAGUUAUUUCUAAGUCAGGUUAGUUUUAUUGAAAAAAAAUAUUUCCCUCCUAAUAUGCUGCCAUUGUUUGAUAACACCAUUUGAAAUAACUUCAUGAACAGAAAUAUUUAGUUUUGUUAAUGUAUAGCUAUAGUGCAUUAUAUUUAGCAUAAUCAUUGUAUUAUUAUCAACAUGUAUUAUGUAGCUUGUAACUGACCAUAAUAUUGUGUUAAUUCUUAGCAUAUUCAGUCAUGUUUAAAAUUUUCUUUGCUGCUGUCAAAACACUUGUUACAACCUGCACAGUUUUCUAGGGUGAAAAUCAAUUUUCUUGGCUUUGGUUUUAUUUUGAAGUAUUGUCUACUAUUUUGGAUGGAUAGAUAGAUGGAUUGACGGGCAGCUUUUUACUCACUUAAGUCAUACAGUUUUCAUUCUCUCUUCACCAAACUUUCCCAAAUGUUUGUUGACAUAAAUUUGCACCAGACACCUGUGAGUUAUUGCUUUUUGUUUAUACAAAAAAUACAAAAUCCCUGAUUCCACUCUCAUAAUUGCAAAGUUUUCAUUGAAUCUUGAUAUUAAAAACAAUUCCUACAAGGAUCAAAACCACUGCUCCUCAUAUGGUCGAGUUAUUGCCCUUUAUCAAAUUGUCUACUAAAGAUAACUAUAUACCCUAUGCUCAUGUAUAUUUCAAGUGGCACUAAGCAAUUGCAUCCAUGUUCACUGGGUAGAUUUGUUGUUCCCUAUGUUUCAGUAUUCUUUUUAGUCUAAGUCAUUAUAAAGUACCAUUUUGAUAUAGUUGUUAAAUAUAUAUUUCUUAAAUAAAAGUUGAACAUUAUGUUGGUGUCUAACAUACAUUUGUAAUGGGAACAGUAUUUUGUAAAAGCCAUUUAUUUUUUUACUAUGAUUUCGAGAGAUUUGGCACAAUUUAUUUUGUUACUUGUUAAGAGUCCUUCAAUCAAUUCUUAAUAUACUACAAUGUGUAAUAUUUUUGUUUAAUUUGUGCAAUUAAAUGUGCUAAUCUCUUAAAAAGUUAAAUUUGUUUACCUUUAAAUGUUGUUGUCUGUAUGUGUCACGUAUAAGUUGCUGUUUGAAAUUUUCUAUGUAAUUGUCUAGCGCUGUAGUUGUAUUUCUGUAGUUUUUUCGCUUACUUACAUACAGGUUUUUAGCUCGGAUGUUUUCGGAGAAAACCCUAGGUAUUGUCAUAGCCAGCUCGAUGUCUCCCAUCCGCUGUCGUCGUGCUUAAACCUUAAUAUUGCCUCUAAAAUCAAAGUGCUUCCACCUACAACAUUGAAACUUAAUAUGUAGAUGCACCUUGAUGAGUUCUACACGCCACAUCCGUUUUGGGGUCACUAGGUCAAAGGUCAAGGUCACUGUGACCUCAAAAUUCUGACGAGCUUUCAUUUAUUCAAAACUGCACCCGCAGCUGAGCGUGGCACCUGUUAUGCAUUGCUCUUGUUUUUCAUUGUUAUGGAAUUGCUUCUCUUUACCAUGCAUAAUACUUUUUUUGAUGAAUCUCCUAAGUUUUUAGGUGCAGGGACAACACAUAGAUUCUAACGUUAACACUGUGUGCCUUUUUUAAUGGAUGUUUAACCGUCUUUAACUAUAAUAUUGUGGGACCAAUACCAAUCAAGAAGUAAUUCCAUUUAAAACAUUAAAAAAAAAACAUUUUUACCUUGCACACAAGCGCUAAUGCAAUCAGGACCAGUUGUUUUUUUUAUUCGUGUAACGCUUCUGAUUUCACUCGCCUGUUCCGUCUCAGUCAAUAUAUCAAUUUACCAAGAUUUUUUUGUGAAAAAAAAGUUGAGAGUUGUCCUCUUUGACUUAACAAUAUAUUUCUUUGUUUCUGAACACAAAUGCCCUUUUUCAACCGAUAUGUACAAAACCUUUUGUAUUUGUAAAACACAUGUACAAGUAAUCUGCUAUAAAUAAAACUGAAAAUGUA